CAUAGAAAAACUUCAAGCGUAUUUGUAUUUCGCGGGUAGCUUUGUUUUUAACGGCGGCGUAAAAGUAGCUGCCCCAUUGUUUCUUACUUGUGCUUAGGCUAUAAGCCAAAAUGAUAGACCUUUUUAUGCCCUUUCGGGCAUUUCUAAAGUUAGAUAAUAUUACUAUUGACAACAACGUGUUUCGGAUGCAUUACAAAGUGACAGUAAUUAUGCUGCUGGUCUUCACGCUGUUGGUGUCUUCGAAGCAGUUCUUCGGAGAUCCCAUCCACUGCAUGGGCGAUAGUGAUAGUGAUAGGGACGCCAUUAACAGCUACUGCUGGAUCUAUGGAACCUAUACAUUGAAGAGCAGAUUAAAAGGCGUUGAAGGCACUCACAUGACAUACCGUGGAGUGGGCACUGAGACCGGAGGAAAGGAAGAUCGGAUCGAGCACACCUACUACCAGUGGGUCUGCUGUGUGCUGCUGGGCCAGUCUGUCAUGUUCUACACUCCACGCUAUCUCUGGAAGCUUUGGGAAGGUGGGCGGCUGAAGGUGCUAGCUUCUGAUUUGGCAAGCCCCAUGGUGACUAAGGACUGGCAUGAGUGCCGCCGAGGGGAGCUGGUCUCCUAUCUGUCACAUGCCAAUAUGUACUCACACAACAUGUACGCCCUGCGCUAUGCCUUCUGCGAGAUACUCAACCUUCUCAAUGUGGUGGGGCAGAUGUUUCUCCUGGACAUAUUCCUGGGCGGCGCGUUCCGCAACUACGGCGCCACUGUCGUGGCCUUCACGCGCGUCGCGAGAGACCCUUAUGACGUUAACGAUGUGGACCCCAUGGACCAAUACUUCCCCAAGAUCACCAAGUGCAUUAUACGCCGUUACGGACCUUCCGGCACCGCAGAGUUAAGAGACCGCAUGUGUGUUCUACCUUUAAACAUAGUCAAUGAGAAAAUUUUUGUCAUCAUUUGGUUUUGGUUCAUCUUUCUCACUUUCAUCUCUACCUUGGCUGUUCUGUUCCGCUUACUCGUACUGUCAUCCCGUCCUCUCCGCACUGUCAUGAUGGUGGGCCUCUUGCGACAUGUCAAACGCAGUACUGUUCGCAGAAUUGUGAAGCGCUUUGGGUUCGGGGACUGGUUUGUUCUCUAUUUGCUGGGCAAAAAUGUUAAUCCCCAUGUCUACAAAGACUUAAUUCUUGAACUGUCGAAAGAAAUAGAAAAUCGUAAUAGCCAUCGCUAUUCUGUUUAAAGUAACAUUGUAGAUCAGUCUUCAUAAGAUACUUCUAAGUAGAUAGUUGUAAUACAUUGGUGUUGCCAAAUGUAGCAAAUUUAUUUUUUUGUUAAAAGACAUUAGUGUAUUUUUUGUUAUAAGUUUUGCGGUAAAACUUGCAAUUUAAGAAUAGUCUAUUAUCAAACCCUCAAAAUUGUUAUGUUUUAAUAGAAUAGUGUAUAAUAAGUGACAAAUAUUUGAAUUUGCUAAGACUGAUCUAGGUGCAAAAUUUGAUUUCUGAAUUUUGGUUACCUAUUACUCAAUAGGAUAGUUAUAUUUAUAUAAGUCUAAUGUAUCUAAGCUCAGGGUAUUUUGUUAAUAGGUAUUUAGGUAUUUUUGUACUUUUUGAUAUGGCUACUAGGUAGAUACUUAUCUUGUAAUACUAACAAUAAAAUAAAAGACUAGUAUGGUUUCUCGCUAUAGAAUUAGUCAUACAGAAUUCAACAGUUGACUUUAAAAAUGUACAUUCUUAAUUUACUGGUAAAUUCAACUUAAUUAAAAAUUGUGUUACCUACAAUUAUUUUUUCUUAAUGGUUAUAACUGUUUUGAAUGUCAGAGUAACAGUGUGAGGAAUGUAAGGUUCUAUAUUUUCAUAAAAUAUUCUGUACUGAACUGUACAAGAAAGAAAAAGUAAUAAUUGAUUAUUUGUUGUUUAGCUAAUCAUUUUGGAAUUGAAAAAUUUGAUUGUUUUUGUUGUUCUCUCAAAAUUAAAGUAGCAUUGUUGUCUCAGAAGGUUGUGUAUUCCUUUUUUAUUAUAAAAUUUUGUUACAAGAA